AUGCGUGAGGUAGCAGCUCCUUUGCAGUUUCACUUGCCCCAGCACGUCGUGGAUGCUGAGGGUUCCGGUCUGUUCCAGGACUCCCGUAUGCGGGAUCAUGUCCUGCCAUCUCCGCCUCAGUAUUCUGCAGAUGCUGCUGAAAUGAAGGUGAUUCAGCUUCCCAGCUUGAUUUGAAUAGAAGGUCCAGGUUUCCGCUCCUUACAGAAAUUUUGUCAAUACGACGAUCUUGUACAUCCUCUCUUUAGUGUUUGUUUGAAGGCUGUGACCAUUUUACGCGGAGGCUUGCUGCUGGCGAAGGUCUGGCUGUUUUUGGAGAUCCGGUGAACAACGCCAUCGUUGAUUUUUAUGCUGCACAGGAGUGUGCUUCCUAG